AAACAUUUCAUCGCCUCUGGUGCCUCCAUACGUCCUAUCCGCUGAUCCGACCCUUUCCCAAGCAACGGAACUCGAUUGCUAAUACAUUUGUUGUUACAUUUCAUAAAUAAAUUAAUUUUAGAGAUCACAUCCACAACAUAACGAAGUGCACCUCUUCCAACAUUUUGAUCACUAUUGUUACUAUCAAACAUCAUAGAGCGGAUCUUUGGUUACAAUGCCAACGGAUAUGUUAGCUCCUGAUUAAACAACGCCUUGAUUUAUACAUUUUCAACCUAGCCUUCCUGUUCUCGUGUGCUCUCUUUUCCUUUCAUUGUAUGCACUUCCUUUCUCUGUAAUUUUCUCUAGCCCGAGGAUUAUCUGUGUGAUCCUCCAAUUAAACACUCCUCCUGCAAAGUACCUUGGUAUAAUUUUAAUACAUGAAAGGUACUAGAUAACACAGUGUAUAUGUUCAAAAUAUUCCUCACUAGGGCCAGUAACGUGUAUUUACAGGUAGAUUGGCUUCCCAAUUACUUGCUAAACCAAUGAACUAAAUGAUUUAUGUAUAAGAACAGCCACAUUUCUCUGACUGCUCACCCCUUUCAACCUCUGAUCACUUAAAACUUAUGUUGCCAUUUUUUUCUAAAGUGGAUAAUCUGACAAUUCUAUGCACAUUAUAUUCUACCCACCAUGCCAGCCCCCAUAGUAACCCAUUAAUAGUAACCCACUUAUUUUGUUUCCUACAUAUUACCCAAUCCCCAAUCAACUCCACUUUAUUACCUAUAAUUGUUUUUGUAAUUUUGAUUCAUAAGAUCAUGUGGCACCUUAUUUGAAGGCAUCCUGGAAGUCCAAACAUAACUAUGCACUGUUUCCCUCCUGUGUUCUGCUUGUUACAACCUUAAACAAACUCUUAACAGAUUGAUUAAAAAUAAUUAAAAAUUAAAAAUAAAAUGAUUCUGCACGUUCUUAAUGCUUUGGAAGACCACCAUCACUGCUUCCUAUAUAAUACAUUCUGGCAUUGGUACCUAAAAAGUAAGAAGAUGAUUAAGGAAAAAGUACAUAUGUGGAGGCUUAGGAUAUCACGAAGAUUAUUAACAUUUAGUGACAGUUUCCACAGAAGAAAAGGAUGCUACCAGUACUGCCAUUCACUGCAUAACAUUCCUGAGAAUUCUCCAGAAACUUUUUUUCCAUAAAUCAGAAACAAACUAUUUCAAUCGUGUGAGACUAACAUGAACAUUUAUUUAUUGUAUAGAACACGUGCUGGAGUAAGUCAGUGGGUCAGGCAGCAUCUCUGGAGAACAUGGAUAGGUGGCAUUUUGGUUCGGAGCACUUCUUCAGACCUGAGACGUUGCCUAUUCAUGUCCUGCAGAGACCUGCUGAGUUACUCCAGCGCUGUGUUCUACGCAAGAUUCCAGCAUCUGCAAUUAUUUGUGUCAACACUUAUUUAUUGUCUUCCCCUGUAGUUACAACAGUGCAGAAUCAAAAAUUCCCACAUUCAGUGGGUAGUUUCAAUAACCUUAAAGUAUCAAUGAAUGUUAAUUGAUUGAUAAAGUAUUUUACAAGUCAAAGUAGAAGAAAUUGCGUUGUCAGUUGACAAAGCAAAUCUCUUAAGUGGCCUUCCAAUGUGAACUAGAUGCUGUGUUCUUAAAGACAAUGGUGUCUGUCUGAUUACUGUGGGAAGGUUAACAGGUUUAUUUUUAAAGACUGGUUGUUUUUUGAAUUAACCAGCUGCUACCCCAUUCCAUAAUUGCUGAAGAUAUUUGUAUUUCUGUAACAAAUGUUCCCAUUUUGAAAAAUUCUUUAAACAUUUAGAGGGGAAUUUGCGUAAAGUAAGCUCUUCUGUGUGUAAGUUCUGUUACCAGCAGAGUUCCAUAAGGUGUUAUUUGAUCUCUUGAUUUAUUUAAAAUAUGAUUUAGACUAAAAUGUAGGAAUGUGAUAUGUAGGUUUUGAGCUGUUACAAUGCGUUGAAGAGGAAAGCCUUUGAUUACAGGAGGCUGCAGAAUGGUCACUUGGACAGAAAAAAUGGCAAUAAAAUCUUAAUUCGGAGAAAUGAAGUAAUGUACAAGGCAAUAAAUGGAUGAAUGUUGAAUUGUGUUUAAAAAUAAGAGAAGUCUUUCUGCAUGUUGAAUGCAGCUCCACCUUGUUGAAUGAUCAUUCUAUCCAUAAAGCCUAUCAAUAAAGUUUGUUCAUUUGGAUAUUUUCUGCCUUUAGUGAAAUCCAGCAGUUAUUUAUAAACCAGUUUGUCUACAAAUGUUGAACAAUUGCACAUACAUGAUCUGACCCUUGAAGCAAAUGGUCAAAUUCUACAGCACAAGUACUUGGAUAAUGACGGAAAUAUUUGGUGGCUCUUUUGCCAUUCCAAGGACCUACAGAAGAAUGUUAUUUUGAAGAAACAAUUUCCACUGACAGAUUUCCAUGAUGGAAGAUUUCAAGAAAACUUAUCUUCGCCUCUGUAAAGAGUAUUGUAUUGAACCCCUGGACUGCAUUUUGAAUCAGUUGAACGAAACUUGUGAUGGAAACCUAAAAAAAAGGCUGGAUCUUUCGACACAGUCUCUCUCUGUUGACACAUGUGCAGUACUGGGAAAGGUUUUAAUGAAUGACAUAGUGUUCGCAGAAAUAAUGCUUGGUGACUGCAUGCUGAAUGAAGAAGGUGCCAGGUAUCUGUUGUGUGGACUAUCUACGAACACCGUGAUUCAAACCUUAGACCUUAAGGGUAAUAAUCUGCGAGCAGCUGCAGCUGAAGCACUGGGAAAGCUGCUGCGACAAAACAAGUCUCUCAAGAGGUUGAUAUUGGAAUGGAAUGCUAUUGGAAUGUGGGAAGAAGGAUUUGGCAUCUUCUGUGAAGGAGUGAAAGCCAGCAAGCACCUUAAACAUCUAGACCUACGCAAUAAUCAGAUCAACCACCAGGGUGUGGGAGAGUUAGCACUGGCCUUAAGACACAAUGAUACAUUGGAGGAGCUGGAUCUUCGGUGGAAUAAUGUUGGCCUAAUAGGUGGGCGAGCAUUACUCAAUGCAUUACAACAAAACAAGUCCUUGGUGCGGCUAGAGCUCGCUGGAAACAAUAUUCCCAGUGACGUCUUGAAAGCCAUAGAGCAAGCAAUAGAUCACACCUCGGAAUGCAAGACAACCAAGAAGGAAAACAGAGUUCGGUCAAAAGUCCUCAGCAAUGAGAUCCAGUGCCUGAAAUCAGAAAAAAAUAAACAGUAUCUCAACCUGAUGGGUGUAAUUGAUCAACAAAAGGAUGAAUUGUGCAGAACCAACAGGACUUCCACUGUACAAGUUGGACAUUUACAAGAAGCAUUAAACGAGAGGAGUUCUAUCGUCAAUUCUUUGCGGGCAAAAGUACAAAUGUCAGAAGCUGCUUUAACAUUGUCGGAACAAAAAACAAAUAACCUGAAAGAACUCUUGGAGAAGGCAAGAUUGGAAAAUUUUGAGUUGAAAGAAAAGCAUACAAAGGAGCUUAAAAAUGAGCAAGAGGGAUCGAGUAAUCGAGAGACAAAGUUAACCAGAGAACUAAAUACAACAAACCUUAAAACCAUGGAGCUCAAAAACAAGGUAGAUGAAUUGGAACGACGGAGUAAAAGCCAGCACGAUCAGAUCUGCCAUCUGAAGCAAGAAUUGACCAGCAUGACUGCAGACACGAAAAGGAAAGUAGCGCAAACUGAAGAGCGCCUAGAAGCUGAGAAGAAGAGAUAUAAACAAGUGCUGGAUGAUACAGAUGCAGUACGGCAGAAAGAGAUGAACCACAUGAAACAUAACCUGGAUGAGACACAGCGGUCACUGCAGGAAAGGAUUCACAAACUUGAAGACGUUAAACUUCAGCUGGAAGAAGACUUAAGCCGGGCAAAGGCAGCUGCGAUAACUGACCGGGCACAAGCUGAAGAGGAGCAGAUCAAAAUAAGGAAUCACGCACGAUUGGAAGAGCAACAGAGAUUAGUUCACUUGGAAGAGAAGGUACAUCACCUUAAUCAGUCGCGUGAUGAAAUCCAGAAUCGUUGCACAGUCCAGACACAAACCAUCACUGAGCUACAAGGAAAGAACAAUAAGCAUACAUUUGAAAAUGAAAGUUUAAAGCGCCGAAUCGAAGAACUAAAUCAGGAGCUCUCUGGCAAGGAUCAAGAGAGGGUUGCAGAGGUAAAUAAUGUACGAGUGGAGCUCCAAGAACAAAUUGGCCAUCUACAGGCAGAGAGAGCAGCACGGGAAGGACUCAAGGAAAAGAUUUCUGCCUUAGAGAGGCAAUUGAAAGUGCAGUCAUGUAACCAUCGAGAAACCUUGCUGGAUAAAGAUGGUGAAAUUUCCUGCCUAUUGGAAAAAAUCCGUCUGAAAGACAAUGAGAUAAUUCGGAUGAAGGAAGAUGAAGCACAACGAGCCAGCUUCCUACACAAUGCCAUCAUCUCCUACGUGCAAGGUUCUCCUCUUGGCAACCAGUGUACAAAGAAAUGAAAUGUCACAGCAGGAAAAACAGAAAUUUGGGCAACUAGUACAGAGAGACAGAUUUUUUUCCUUCAAAUUUUGGAUUGUAAAUUGAUGCAUAAUUGCAAAUCCUUUGGAGAAAUAUUUACAUUUUUGGUACAGACUAACUCAAUCCAAAUGGAGAGAGAUGGCGGAUGAUGUUUGCAAUGCUGUGUGUCAACAGAAGAAAGGUUCUAAAUGAGAUGAUUUAUGAUGUAAAACAAAUUUUGAUGGUAGACAAUCAAGUCUGAGAAAAGGUACAAGACUGAAAAAUUAUAGCCUUUAUUUGAUUAUUGUAAUUGUAAAUAUGUUUGUGGUGAUUCAUGUACAGAUUAUCAGAGAUUAGUUUGCUUCAUGGGAGAUUUAAGUAAUUGGCUUGGUAAAAAUGAUGUGCAAUUUCUGUUUUGGGGUUCUUUAAUGUUUCCGUGGGGAAAUCUGCAGUUUGCUUCUUUCGCCAAAAUUUUAUAUUUUAUACUUUGACAUCUCGAAAUCAGAAUGUGCAAUUCACAGUUCUUAACACUAUCUAUUAAUGUUCACUGAAUCUCUGGUGGAUGAUGAAAUAUUCUGUCCAAACAUAUGGGACUGCACAGAAGCUGUUGAACUUUACAAUUUCUGUGCAUUCAUCCAUAAAAAUCUCCUACGGAGAUUAUUUGCACGGUGGUGUUGAAAACUGGUAUAUGUACGUGACUGUGAAUGUACAAGAGAGUGGAUUGGUACCUCACCUUUGAAGUCUCUUGCAUCAACUGUUACUCCAUAGUAAUGUAGAACCAGGACAUCCCAAAGGGUAAAAUUAAUUUAUCCUGUUGAGAGGGGUGGUGAGGUGGAAAACGUUACUGGUGUACUACAAUAUGGACAUUUGGGCAAGUGAGAAAGUGGGUGCACAUUUUGAUGAGAUAUUUUCCAAAGAAAAUUAUGUAAGAUGUUACAUCAACAUCUGAUAACAUUGAGUUGUAUAGUUUCUCAAUGUCUGGACCUUAAUCUACAUGAGGAAAUGCAUAUACAGGUGCACAACCUUU